CUCAAGGUUCUCUAGGCUAAGCCAGAGUUCUUACUUAAUACACGAUACUUACGUGGAAGUACUUUUAUUUCUUGUUAAACGUGCUGGGGAGCAAAGUUUAGUCUUCUUUUUGUCGACGCUUCGUGUUACGAGAUGGAACUACAGUGUGACAUGUGCUCUCUCCAGUUUGACCUGGACAACCAUCGCCCAAAGGUCGUGCCCUGUGGACACAGCAUUUGCCAAACUUGCGCGCAGAAUCCCGCCUUGAAAAGGAAGUGUCCGGCAGCCUGCACGACGGACCUAACCGCCAACCCCAGCGCCUUUCCGGACAACAUCCUAGCCAUCCGAAUGAUAAUGGAGAGGGACGGAGCAAAGUCGCGCAAGCGGCCCAGACUCGAGGACGCCAAGCUGCAGCACCUGCGGCGCGGCGUGGACGCAGGGAGGGAGCUGGUGCGCCAGCUGCAGCAGUUGGUCCCCAGGGCAGUGGCGGCCCUCAACUGCCAGAUGAACUCGGCCCUCGCUCACCUCCGCGAGCUGGAGGAGGCCCUGGAGAAGCACCAGCGGGAGGGGGCAGGCGCCGAGGCUUCCCCCACGCCGGACGAGGUGCAGCUGGUGGUGCAGCUGGAGGACAGCGUCCGGCUUCUGAGCAGCAGCGCGUGCAGCGUUGUCGCAGAGCAAGGCGUGGACUCCUGGCGAGCGUCCGUAACGCUCUUUCCGUUUCACCACGUUCUGCGCCUCCUCCUGCUGCAGCUGCGGGCGGGCGGGCAACUGCAGAGGGUUGAGGUCAUCGUGGGGCCACCCACGCUCACCACCCUCGUCAUACCAAAUGGCGAUGUUGACGCUAGAAGUAUUCUGCGGAACGAGUCGCGCUGGAAAAGUGUCCGCACAUUGACAAACGUAAACGGCCGUCGGACGGAGCAGCUGCUGCGCAUCGUUGCCCCGCACCUCGAGGAACUGGAGAUUUCCGAUGUCGCUGAACCUAGUGUGAUGGGAGAGGUCAAGAGAAUUACAUCACUUAAAAGACUGCUCGUGAGAUGCUCACCAGACUAUGAUUGCUUCGACUACCCGGACCUGCCGUUGCAGCUCGAGGAGCUCGCAAUAUCUUGUCCAAGUUUCUAUCAGCUGCGCAGUGUGCAGCUGAUGUCGAGGUUGCGCAGUCUGAAGAUACGCCGUUACACUGGUGCACCUGUGAUCUUCCUCCGCCAGCAGCAUGGCGGGUUGUUGUGGCUCGGCCUCGACUGUCGGGUAACGCACAAGGGCACUAUGCUGUCCCUGAUUCGUGCCAAUGCGUCGUCUUUGCAGGAGCUCUACUUCGCGACUCUUUACACAGAAGACAACACAGGCCGCUACUUUCCCGAUUUGGGCCCGGACCUGGCGGCCUGCGGUUUCCUGGCCCUGCGGCGCCUCGUUCUUACCCGGCCGUUCCCUGACGACCCGUGCGAGGAGGCCGACAUGUGCAUGCUCCAGCGACGGACUGUCCGAGUCUACUUGCCCUCUGUGGAAGUGGUCUGCUACUCGUGUAACAAAUCUUGUGGUCUAGGGUUCUAGUUCACUACUUCACCCUGGCAAAGGCGAGUCGUCGUCACGAGUCUGAUCAAUUCGCAUAAUUAGUCAACACAGUGUAGUGGCAUUGGGUAAAUGACCGCGUGAGCGAGCGAAGCCCGCGAAAUUCAUACUUAUCCUUCAUCGUACCUUCUUCCUCACGAGUAGCAAGCAUCAGAGUACUGUCACACAUGUAUUCGCUCUGAAUUGAUCGAGACCAAAGUUUCCAAAAUUAUGACAUAUCAAUAAGGUUCUCAGUUUUAUGUUUUGUACUAAUUGUAAAAUUAAUGCAAGUAAAUAAAAUUUGUGGAAAAUCACAUCGCUA